CCAACGCCGAACACCAUCUUGACCGUGCGGCAAAACUGAUGCUGAUCCGCCAGGGAGCUAAGCGAAUCCGAAACCAGGUGCUUACGGUCACUUCCUGUCGUGAGUCUGCGACAGUUGAAGAUGUCGGUGAAGAUUUCGGAGCGGAGUCGAGAGAAUUCUGAAAUGUGGUUCGCAAAUCAGGAACUGGCGGUGUGUGUGGACUCGCUGCGAGGGAAGGGUGUCCGAGGAUCUGCGCAGAAGCGGGAGGUGAUCUGGAGGGCUGUUUCGUACUGGACCCUGGGCCCCGACACCGGCGGAUCCGGGAUCGCGGGCGCGGUGUCGACGGCCGACUGGCGAUGUCUAGAAUCCGACAGACAGGCAUACCCCCUCGACGACAUCGGAUUUGUGCGUCCAGACGGCCUACAUUCGUCGCUUCUUGCUUGCUCAGUUUUUCGAUGUUGUCGUGUUCCCCGUCCACCGAGGUUCUACAUAAGCUCGCAAUCAUAGCGGCAUUCGUCUCCGAAGCCCCCAGCUUUUUGCCCAUCAACCUUUUGAGCCGUAGAUCGACCGACCGUGUUCCCUUCCGUUUCGGCCUCUGGAAUCUGGAUUGAAGUGGAUCGAAAUGGCUUACGUGAUCGUGGCAUAGUUAACUUUGCGGUGCUUGAACUUCGAUUCUGCCACGCGAAAAGCUCCAACGUCUGACACUCAACUGUCUCCUGUCAGAAAUUCUUGAGAGGUGAAGAUCGUUAUCGUCAGGCCGUGCACGAAUGGGACUUGCGAGAGAGGUCCAUAGGACUAUGUAAGGUGGAAUUCAAGAGCACAGAGACUUUGUAGUAUGCCUGUCAGGAUUGUCAUCGUGAGACAGUGAGCUGUAGUAGGUCUCCAAAAUCUUUUACUGCCUAUUUUCGUCGUGACUGAUAGCCAAGCUCUGAAGAUUUCAAUUCAACGGAACCAUGUGAACUAACUGCUGAUCCAUCGACAGAACCAGGGAACAUGCGACCGAAUUGUGGACCGCGUUGUGAUAACGUGAUGAAGGCGAAGAUCAUACCGCAGGAGUGCGACGUCCGUCACGUGCUUUGGCAUAGAUCACUGCUUCUGUGCGCUUUGUAAACCUCGCUACAGUAACCUCCAAGGGCUGGCGCUUAGUAAUAUAUGUGUCAUUAUCUCGCUAGGUAUCGGAGACGUGUGCGCUGCGGUUGAAAUCUUUGUGGAACUCUUAAGGGAUUGAACUGUUCGCCGACGGGAAUUGCACCAUUUUGGUUGUAUACACACCGGCGUGAUUUUUGAAGCACAUAGUGAACUUAGGGUAGUCCGAGGUCGUGCUCAUGGCUCUAGCUCUAACGGGCUUUAGGAAGAUCAAAAUUCAUACUUCGACUGGUCGUGGAGAGGAAAGUCAAAGGUGGUAGAUUGGCCAAGAAAUAGCUUUGCCACUCGUUAUCAGUUCAGUCGAAUCAAAUCCCCUUGAAUCUUAAAAGAAAGGAAACACUACUUUCAUGGACGAGGAUUACUCUUGUUGUGGACUAAUCCGGUUCAAAAAGAAAUGUUCAGCGCGGGAUGUUAAGCCCUCAUCGAAGCCGAUCGUCAAAAGAAUCUCUAAAGAGCAUUUGCUUCGCUAUGAAGCCGAGGAGAUUGAGAAGGCUGCUGUGAAGCUAAAGACAAGCCGACAGGCUACCAAAUCUGCCCCUCUCAAUCUCUAUAACCCGCCGCUUAAAGUGACCGUCGGAAAUGAUCAUGUUGUUGAAAGGAAAACUACCUUUAAAGAGCUCCAAGAAGCGAUGAAACGAGCCCGUAAUGCACAAGCGCCGCUUCUGAGCCGAGAAAGCGUGAAGGAGACUUCUCAUGAAUUUCGAUCCAGGGACGCGGAUGGCAACAAAAUGGUGAACGAAUAUGUGUGGAAGUGCAAGAUUGGAGCUGGAAGCUAUGGCAAAGUGGUUUUGUACCAGAGUAAGAAAGACGAGAAGCUGUAUGCUAUCAAGGUCUUUCACAAGUCUCGUCUGCGCAAAGUGCGGGUUUCCCCCUCGGAAACUGCUAUGACAGAUGUGCUUCGAGAGGUGUCUAUAAUGAAGCGGCUCGAUCACCCCAACAUUGUAAAGCUUUUUGAGGUUAUUGAUGAUCCGCAUAGUGAUAACAUAUAUUUGGUGCUGAGUUACGUUGAGGGCAACCGGAUUUUUGAAGGCAGCGGACCUCCUGGGGGUAUUGGCGAAGCACUUGCCCGGAAAUAUUUUCGAGAUGUUGUUGCAGGCCUUUCAUAUCUUCAUAGCCAUAACAUCAUCCACGGUGACAUAAAACCUGAAAAUCUUCUCCUAAGUGGAGAUGGUUCUAUCAAAAUAUGCGAUUUUGGUGUCAGUCGGAUGUUUGAGGGGGAUGACACUGUAAGGCGAACCCCUGGGACUCCAAUACAUACAGCUCCUGAAUGUUUCUCAGGAUCGUGUUACCACGGACGCCCAGCAGACGUCUGGGCUUUGGGUUGCACGCUAUACUGCAUGGUGUUUGGCCGCUACCCGUUCGUGGGGGAUACCACAUAUCCGUCUAUCUAUGAUGAGAUUGUGAACAAGCCCUUGUUCAUCCCAGAGGGCACGAACCCGGAUCUAGCUGAUUUGCUACAAGGUCUUCUGUGCAAAGGCAAAUGUGCGGAUCCGACUUCCAAUAACGGUCGUGUCUACUCACCCAUGGCUCAAUCAUGGCUACGGACAAGUUCAAUCGACCUGUUACAAGACGGCGUACGAACUCCAGCAUCCUUACCCUGCGACAGGACCUUCAUUUGUAAACGGGAACGUCGAGUUAGAAAAUCUGGUUUGACAAAAGUACAAAAAACUCAAACAUCCUGCGAAGGUGAUGAAGAAGCAACGGCUAAAUCCCAAACGGUACAUGUGGGUGUGUGUGUGUACAUAUAUAUAUAUAUAUAUAGAUAUAUAUUAUAUCUUUGUUAGUAGCUUGUUUUCUGGAAGUUCUCUCUUACGUAUGUAUUUGCCAAGCGUUCCUAGGCCAGUAGUUUACGCUUCCCUAUCUUAGCACGUGGCCUCAGCUUGUGAUUGCGGAGGCAGUAUCAGUUUUCAUCUUUAUUAUCAGUAAUUUGGAGUGUCAGUUAUUCGAGUUCUAGUAGGCAGUUAGUGAGUCAUGCAUGUAAUCAAAAAAAUGAAAAAAGAAGAAAUGAAAUCCUGUACAGAAAA